UGUUUUUUUCAGAGUACUAUACACUCUGUUUUGGGUUUUUUUGUUGAUUGGCACUGGGGAGUGACUCAAACCAUAAUAGGCCGCUGGUUCCUCCUGUAAAUCCCAUCCUUUAUUAGCUAGUCAGAUGCUGUCCAUCUAUGACACAUAUGAAUGGGCUGCAAUAGGACUGCAUGCAUCAUAAAGCCUCAUUGAUCAGAGGACACUGGAUAGAUAACCUCAUUCAUAUUUAUAGUCAUUUAAUCCCAGCCAGUCACUGAUGCAUGUUACAGAGAAGAAGGAUUAUGGCUCAUUCUUAGUUCUUAGUAGAGAGUUAGACACACAUGCCUAUUGAGUUAUUCCAUUAUCUUCAAGAAUGUUCAAGUGUAGUUAUAAAUAAUUAGAGAAUGAUAGAAUUGCAAACUGUAGGCAAAUUGUAUUGUUUUAAAUUUGCCCGAAAAACCAAAAUAGUUUAAAACAGUAUUUUGUACCCGGAUGUUUGACACCAGACAUAAUCUAUGCAAACAAAUAGUUGGUACCACAUUCAUACAGCCCUAUACCACACUUGCUUUCCACUUUCCAGUUCAGUAAUCUGGGAUUAUGAUGCCAGCAACCUUCCGCACAAGAACAGACAAGAUAAAGGGCCAGUCUAAUCCCAGCCUAUUGGAACGAAGGCCUGGCUGUGUCGUGAGCCAGGAAGAGGAGCUUUCAAAAGAAGCAUUACAUCAUGUCUCAGUCUCAAAAUAACUUGCUUCUUGUUGAAAUCUUAUGAUAAAUAUGACAGAUAUUGUAUAUUUUAACCUGUUGAACCAACACAAGCGUUCCAUAGAAACAGAAUAAAUACAGCUUGAUUCUUUGAUUCAAGCAGCAGACUUAGUUGUCCAGCUGUCUCCAACACUGAAGACCAAACCAGAUGUGUCGUCCUUUGGGGUGGACUUCACCGACCACAUGCUGACCAUCGAGUGGAGCUCUACUGAGGGCUGGAAGGCUCCUCUUAUUAAGCCCUUUGGAAACCUGUCCCUCCACCCUGCCUGUUCAUCACUGCACUAUGCCAUUCAGGUGUUUGAAGGGUUGAAGGUGUAUCGAGGGGAUGACAACAAACUGCGACUCUUUAGACCGAUGCUCAACAUGAACCGCAUGGCCAGCUCUGCUAAGAAAGCAUGUCUUCCCGCCUUCGAUCAGCCAGAGUUUUUGGAGUGCAUCAGGAGACUGGUAGAAAUCGAUCAGGACUGGGUUCCCCACUCAUACAAUGCCAGUUUGUACAUCAGACCAACAUUUAUCAGUACUGAACAAUCUCUGGGAGUAAAGAAGCCUUGCCGUGCCUUACUGUAUGUGAUCAUGUGUCUGGCUGGCACUUACUUCAACACCAAUGCUGCCUCCUUGUGGGCCGACCCAAAGUAUAUACGAGCAUGGAAAGGUGGAACUGGAGACUGCAAGAUGGGAGGAAACUAUGGCUGUUCUCUGUUUGCUCUUGAUGAAGCAGUGGAUAACGGGUGUCAGCAGGUGUUGUGGCUGUAUGGAGAUGACCACCAGAUCACUGAGGCAGGAACCAUGAACGUCUUCCUCUUCUGGAUCAAUGAGGAUGGAGAGGAGGAACUUGCUACUCCGCCUCUGGAUGGUAUCAUCCUCCCAGGUGUAACCCGACAGAGCAUCCUAGACCUAACCAGAAAUUGGGGUGAGUUCAAAGUAUCAGAGCGCUACCUGACCAUGAGCCAGCUGUGUUCUGCUCUGAAGCAGCAACGUGUCAAAGAGAUGUUCGGCUCUGGCACUGCCUGCAUGAUCUGCCCUAUAAGACACAUUGCAUACAACGGCCAAGAUCUGGACAUUCCCCACUCAAAUGAAAACUCACAGCUGACUUCACGAUUAAGAAAGGAGCUCACAGACAUUCAGUAUGGACACACACCCAGCAGUUGGUCUUUCCUGGUGUAGAAGACACAAGGACACCUGCCUGCAAGACACACACAUGCACAGUGACCUGCAUGCACUGUGGACACGGAAAAACACAGCAUAAUGCAAUAGUCAAAGACAUACUGUGCAAACAAUGCAUAUGCAAUACUUUUAGUCUCAAUGCAAUAGGCACAGGAGCCAAAGCCGAAGCCAAAAUGGUUCUGCGGCAAGUAUGUCACACCACUGUACCUCCCUGUAAACUUAAAUUAAUCACAAACACCCAGCUGUCCAGAGUAGUUAACAAAAGUAGGCUAAUGUCUCAUGCAAUACUGCACAAUAACUUACAGUAACUCAGCCACCGUGACUUGCUCUGCUACUUCUUAUCCCUUUUAAACAACUUCCAGGAUGCAGCUGUAAAGGA